AUGAAGGAACGAACAAGAAGAAAUACGAAACUACUGGUUCCAUUAUUCGUCGUAAUUGAAUGCUGCUUAUUAUGGACUUCUCUAUCAUUUCCAGUGCCUGCGCCAGGAAACCUGGUUGUCACCGAGUCCAGAGUUUUACCCUAUACUCUAGACCUCCGUUGGGAUCCGCCUGUUAAUUACAAACAUGAAAUAGUCGGAUACAAAAUCUACUACUUGGUCAGUACGUCAGAGUCCUCUAGCGACUGGAAAGUGCACAUUAUUUCUGGGAAUGACACAUUCACUAGCAUCCCGGCACCGGAACUCGUCUCUCCUGAUAGCAAGUAUUUGUUAAGAUUACAAGCGGUUGGAAGAAACGGCACCGGUUUAGUUUCAGAAGAAUUUACUUACGUCAGAGACAUCUGUCGGAUGCCAAGAGAUCAUGGACCUUGUCGUGAAUCAUUACAGCGGUAUCAUUACAGUCCCAGCCACCAGAGUUGUGUAUCUUUCAUAUAUGGUGGAUGUGGAGGAAAUGUCAACAAUUUCGAAACUCGUGAAGAAUGUGAAACUAAAUGUGUGGGAGGAAACCCUUACUACUCAACUGAAGAUCCAUAUAUUU